AUGGCUCUCGAUAGACUCAAGUCCGUUGCCCAGCACUUGUCUGGCACUGCUUCUCUUCCCCACCCAUUCGAUCCCCUCAGCAAUGCGGAGAUUGAGGCCGCAGUAGCCAUCAUUAGUAAGGAGCAUGGCGAGCUUUCAUACAAUGCCGUGACGCUGCGUGAGCCUCCAAAGAAGGAGAUGCUAAAGUGGUUGGAGGCGCCGGAGACCGCCCCGCUACCGACGAGGAUUGCAGAUGUAGUUGCUCUUGCGCCGGGUGCGAAGGUGUACGAUGGAUUAGUAGAUCUGAGGGCCGAGAAGGUCAUCAAGUGGGAACAGAUGGAAGGAGUGCAGCCGUUGAUCACCAUGGAGGAUCUGCAGAUUGUCGAGCACGUUGUACGAGAGGAUCCCAAGGUCAUUGAACAAUGUGUGAUCAGCGGCAUUCCAGCAGAGGAUAUGCACAAAGUUUACUGCGAUCCGUGGACGAUUGGCUACGACCACAGAUUCGGCAGCAAUGUCAGAUUACAGCAAGCUCUGAUGUACUACCGCCCCCACGUAGACGACUGUCAAUACUCCUUUCCCCUAGACUUCUGCCCCAUCUUUGACGCCGACAGGCAAGAGAUCAUCCACAUCGACAUUCCCGACGUCCGUAGACCUGUCAGCAAGGCGAAACCCAAUAACUACCACCCAGCCAGCAUCGAAGCCGAAGGCGGAUACCGGACCGAUAUCAAGCCAAUCAACAUCACACAACCGGAAGGUGUCUCGUUUAAGAUCGAGGGACGGAGCAUCAAUUGGCAAAACUGGAAUGUGCAUGUUGGCUUCAACUAUAAAGAGGGGAUUGUGCUGAACAAUAUUACGUACAAUGACAAGGGGACCGUCAGACCUAUCUUUUACAGAUUGUCGUUAGCCGAAAUGGUGGUUCCGUAUGGAAACCCGGAGCAUCCUCAUCAACGGAAACACGCUUUCGACUUGGGAGAAUAUGGCGGAGGGUACAUGACCAACAGUCUGUCUCUGGGCUGUGAUUGCAAAGGAGCAAUUCACUACAUGGACGCCGCAUUUGUGAACCGUGCAGGCCAAAGUACGACUAUCAAGAAUGCCAUCUGUAUCCACGAAGAGGAUGCAGGUAUCCUGUUUAAACACACCGAUUUCCGUGACGACUCGGUUAUCGUGACCCGAGGUCGCAAGCUCAUCAUCUCCCAUAUCUUCACUGCCGCUAAUUAUGAGUACUGUGUGUACUGGAUCUUCCAUCAAGAUGGAACCGUCCAAUUGGAGAUCAAACUCACUGGUAUCUUAAACACCUACGCCAUGAACCCCGGCGAGGAUACCCACGGCUGGGGCACAGAAGUCUACCCAGGUGUCAACGCACACAAUCAUCAACAUCUCUUCUGUCUGCGAAUCGACCCCAACAUUGAUGGCUCAAACAACACCGUCUUUCAGGUUGAUGCUGCACAGGGCGCAGGUGAAGUCGGUAGCAAGGAAAACGCAUACGGAAACGCUUUCUAUGCCAAGAAGACAAAGUACACUACUGUGAGCGAAGCAGUUGCCGAUUAUGAUGGAGCGACGUCCCGAACCUGGGAGAUGGCCAACGAGAACAAAUUGAAUCCAUACAGUCACAAGCCAGUUUCGUAUAAGCUGGUGAGUAGAGAGGUUCCGCGCUUGCUGCCAAAGGAAGGUUCUUUGGUGUGGAAGCGAGCUGGUUUCGCUAGGCAUGCUGUUCACGUCACCAAAUACGACGAUGACCAAAUCCUCCCCGCCGGACGCCAUGUUCCCCAGACAUCGGGCGAGCCCUCGCGCGGUAUCCCAGAAUGGAUAGCUAACGGCGAUGCAUCGAUCGAGAACACCGAUAUUGUGCUAUGGCACACUUUUGGCAUCACCCAUUUCCCCUCUCCGGAAGACUACCCAGUAAUGCCCGCCGAGCCAAUGACGCUGCUCCUCCGCCCCCGCCACUUCUUUUUACGGAACCCAGCGCUCGAUGUCCCGCCUAGCUACAGCUCUACCCCUUCUCAGAUCGCUGGGAAGGGACCGGUGCUGGAUGCGGCUGACAAAAUGAGCAAGUUGGUCGUUACGGGUGGGGAUGCGAGCUCUUGCCAGAAUCGUCCACCUGAAUAUGUCAAAGUCACCAAAGUUCUUCGAAACGUUCAGAAUCAUCAAUUCCUCAAUACUUCUACUUCAAUCCUCGCCAACGAUACCGUUCCCCCAAAAUGGCUAUCCCAAGCACUUGCUGUGGUAAGAGCGGCCAAGGCUGCGUCUGCGCAACCCAAGCCAGAUGUUCGUGCGGCGAGAAGUCUGCUCUGCAAUGCACCUGUGACAAGGCCAGCACCGAGAACAAGAUCGCCGGAGCUCGCUGCUCAUGCCGUACGUCGUCGCAUUAACCACUGCCCCGCGCGCCUCGAUUCCUGGGGAGACAAGCCACAGCAUUCUGACAAGCAAGGAAAACAAACAGGUGCCCGUCCUGCCGGAUCGUGCACAUGCGAUCGUGCCUCCACCGAGAACUCGACCCCCAGCGGCUCGCUCUGCUCCUGUGGCGCGAGACCUGCCGAUGCCUGCACUUGUGAGAAGGCUGCAGAUGGCGGAUCCAACCCUAAUGAGACGGACUUCACUACCAAGGCAUAG